AUGUCAACGGACAUUCCGGGCACGAAUCGGACUUGUUGGACAUCUUCGGAGCAACUGCGCCUCUCGAACUGCACCAACCAUCCUCCCCCGCCCGCCUCUUCCUCCCCGCCGCCGACAACUAACUCUGACAAUUCUUCUGAACAAACACUUCCAUCCUCCUCCUCCUCCUCCUCGUCCUCCUCCUCUCCCACUGCCCCAGCGGCGGUCGCUCAGGCGGCCGUCUCGCACAUCAACCCCGACACAUCAACCGACACCACCCCCACCUCUCCCGAUUCCAGUGAUGAGGAUCAGGACUACACCUGCCAUCACUGCGAUCACACCUUCACCUCAAGCAUCGGCCUGGUCGGUCACUUGCUAAUCCAUCGCACAGAGACUGGCGAACCAGUGCCUGGCGCACCAACCUACACCCACCGCACUCGCCUCCACUGCCUACAUUGCCCUCGAACCUUCACUCAUCGCAUGGGUCUAUUCGGCCACAUGCGCAUCCACGAGAGCGGAAUCGACUACAAAUAA